GCAGCUUCGAGACUUAGCAUCACUCGUUCAUGAAGACUUGGUAGAAGAGCUUCAAAAAGCAACGGAACUUUACAACAAGAUGCUGCGUUUGUUUGUCCUAACGCUUAGCGUUCUCGGCGCUGUAGCCUACACUGUGGACUAUGAAUUGGAAGAUUUGGAUAGAAUGUGGGCUCGGGGAGUCCCAGGAGUCGAUAACGGAGGUGGUGGAAGUUCCUCAGACUGUAAGAGAGACAUGUGGAUUCUUUGGGACAAUUCAUGGUCUGUGGGGGUCGCGACGUUUCAAUCAAAAGUCAGACCGUUUCUUAAAGAACUCAUAGCCAGUCCACAGCUAAAUGUUGGUCCAGGCGGAACCCAUAUUGGCAUCAUAACAUUCAGUACACAAAAACAAACAAAAGUGCUGUUGGAGAUGGGAGAAAAGCAAACGAAGGAGGAACUUGAAAGCUUUCUUGAUAGCUUGCAAUACAACCAAAUAUCUGGUGAUGGUACAAGAACUGGAAUGGCGUUAAAAAUGGCUGAUGAGAAAUUUCCCCUAUCAAGCCCAGACAAUUACCGAGCAGAUGUUGGGGAUGUUGUUAUGAUUUUCACGGAUGGUGAACCGAUCCGACGUCGCGGGGAGGACACGUUUGGUGCAAAGUACAGUCAUAGGAAGUACGGGGAAGGAUUGCUUGCCAGUGACAGAGCUAAAAGUUUGAGAGAUAAAGACGUCACCGUGGUCGGCCUAGCAGUUGGAACUGAAUAUACUUUGAGAAAAUUUAGAGAUGACAUUAGGGGUUGGUCAACAGAGGGAAAAUAUUUUGAAGCAAACAAGGAGACCCUACAAGGCAUCAUGAGCAAACUCAUCAGUGCUUCUUGCAUCGACCCGGGCCAGUGUUUAUGCGACACGAUCUCCUCGGAAGACAAUUACGUAGCCGCAGGACAAACGGCCUUGAUACGCUGGGUAGAGCCAAGUCUCAAAUGCGAAUCAGGUCGUUCGGCGAGUGUGCAAAGCAGAACGGUUAACCCGCCUGUCAGAUCCCCCUCGAGGUUUGGUGUUGGCCAGCACCAAAUCACAUACACCUACGCUUAUAUGAGAGGAACAAAAGAAACAAAACAAAAUUGCUUUGUGAAUAUCAAUGUCAAAGAAUGCCAAUGUCAGCCUGGGGUUGUUAGGGUUGAUGAAGAACUUCCUGCCGGUAGAGACACAGCUAGUGUAUCAUGGACAAUUCCUAGACCAAAUUGUCCUGCAUCCUUGAGCUCAGUCUCACCACCAGAGGCAAGAAACGGUCGAGGAAACUAUGAAAUCGGCAAACAUGAGGUAACCUACAACUACGUCUACAGCGGUGCUUCUGGAAGCUUCUCACUUGCUUGCAAGGUGGAAAUUACUAUUAAAGGAAAACGGUGUGGUGGAGUUGGAAUGGGCCCCAAUCAAGUGUGUUGCUGUGGUACGCUCCACGAACGCAAACCAAAUCAUGAUUGUUGUGGACCGAAGUACUACGAUACUCGUUAUCAGAAUUGCGUCGACUUUUACACAUUGGAAUCAAACAACAUAAACAACUAAGAAACUUUACUGGCCACAUAAUCAAAGUAAAAUGCAUGACUAAGAUAGUCAAAUAGUUAGAAAAUAUACGUAAAAAUAGGGCAGAAACGGUGAAGCACAGUGUAUACCUACCUACCUACCUAGCAUUUUAGAAAUUCUGAGCAGGUGUAGGUGAAAAUUUUUGUUAGCAUGGGUAAACUUGUUGUAAACUUUAAAAGGGACAAAAUCGAUGAUUUUUUUCUUGGGGAUCUUGUAACCGCAUUUUUCUGAAGUAAUAAAAACGAAUUUUGCCUCAAA